AUGGGGCCCUCCGGCGGAGACGCCAGGAGCGAGCAUCACCGGUGCCUGCAGCAGCUGGAGCAGCAGCAGCAGCAGCAGCAGCAGCAGAAGCAGCAGCAGCAGCAGCAGCAGAAGCAGCAGCAGCAUCAACAGACAGUUGUCUCUGUCUUUCUCUUGGGAUAUCAUCGUAGCUGUGUGUUUCUCUUUGCUGCUGCUGCAGCAGCAGCAGCAGGAGCAGCAGCAGCAGCAGCAGAGGGAGAAGCAGCAGAAACUGCUGCUUCUCCCUCUGCUUCUGCUGCAGCUUCUGCUACUCCUGCUGCUGCUGCUGCUGCUGCUGCUGCUGUAGCUGCUGCAGCACGAGAUGAAUCUGCUUCUGUGGUGCUAGCAGCUGUGUGUUUCUCUUUGCUGCUGCUGACUAUGGAUGCAUAG